AUGAAGCUUCUCUACCCAACUUCCCUCAAGCUCGACAUCGAGUCCCUGGAGGGCUUCUCCGUGAAGCUCGUCCCGUACGACGUCAAGACGGCCAUCCCCGAGGAGCACACCGACGCCGAGAUCCUCGUGACCUGGACCAACUCCGCCGACAACCUCAAGGACGCCGCUGGCCGCCUCAAAAACCUCAAGUGGAUCCAGUCCCUCGCCGCCGGCCCCAACGACGUCCUCAACGCCGGCUUCGACGCCACCAAGAUCACCGUCACCACCGGCUCCGGCCUCCACGACCACACCGUCGCCGAGCACGCCCUCGGCCUCCUCCUCAACGCCGCCCGCCGCUUCUACGAGAUGCGCGACCACCAGCUCCAGAACAAGUGGCCCGGCCACCUCGGCGGGCCCCAGCCCGACCGCCCCGCCGGCGCCUUCACCACCCUGCGCGACGCCCGCGUCCUCAUCUGGGGCUUCGGCAACAUCGCUAAGUCGCUCACCCCGCACCUCCGCGGCCUCGGCGCCCAGGUCAAGGGCAUCGCCCGCGGCCAGGGCGUGCGCGACGGCGUCGAGGUCUACGGCGAGGACAAGCUCGCCGAGCUGCUCCCCGAGACCGACGCCCUCGUCAUGAUCCUGCCCGGCUCCGACGCCACCAAGAACGCCCUCAACGCCGAGCGCCUCAAGCUGCUGCCCAAGCACGCGUGGGUCGUCAACGUCGGCCGCGGCACCUCCGUCGACGAGGACGCGCUGGUGGAUGCGCUCGAGGCCGGCCAGGUCGGCGGCGCCGCGCUGGAUGUGUUUGUCACGGAGCCGUUGCCCGAGUCGAGCCGGCUGUGGAAGGCGCCGAACGUUAUCGUUUCCCCGCACGCUGCUGGCGGCCGGCCCCAGGGUGCGGAGGCCCUGACGGCGUACAACUUGAGACGGUUCCUGGCCGGCCAGCCGCUGAAGAACGUCAUCUGA